AUGUCUAAUCGUGUUCAGGAAACCUACGAAACCCAAAUCGGCCGUGCUGUAAAGGCAAGUAACGAACUUGUAAAUAAUUUUCACCGUGAUGGAGUAGAUCGUGGAUGCAUUGCAACAUUUAACAAUACGAUGAUAAUAAGACAGAACUUCACUGAAAAUGAAGAAUUGAUUCAUCGUUCCCUUGAUGGGUUAGUAGAUGUUGCAGACGGUGGCACUCGACUUUAUGACAUUACUGAUGGAGAUGAUAAUGACAGUAUUUUGAGUUAUGACCGAUGCAUUGAAGAAGUAUCACGUUUAUUUACUAAUGAAACCAGUAACUUUCUAUUUGUCCUCGGAGUUGGUGAUAACGUAAACUCCCAGAGAAUGGAAGAGAUGGCAGAAAUUGGUAACUUUAUCUACAUCCCUGUAAAAGAUUUUUACGUUCUCGAAUUUGCAUUCUUGAUGAUAGCAUACAAAGUUACCACUUCCAAAUCACUCUCUCUUAUGAACUUGUCUAUCGGUGACAUUUCUACAUCAUGGGCUGAAAUUCGAAAUCACAGAGAGCUCAGUAAUGUAGCAAUUGAUUAUGCACUUUUGAUCGAUGUAUCUGGAUCUAUGAAUGUUAAUAUACUUCCACCACUUCCUAAAUGUUUUGCGGGUCAUGAUUUAAAGGAGAAAUUUCAUAUUGGAAAUUGGUGGUGUGAUGUAUGUGGGGAAGAUGGUCAGGCAUCGACAUCAAAAUAUUAUUGUAACUAUUGCGAUUUUGAUGCCUGUCCCAGCCAUUGUGAGCCUGGUCGUGAAUGCAAACCUAGAAGCCGCUGUCGAAAUAAACAUCCUCUUCGUUACACUCAACUAUCUACAGUAAGAGGGUGGAUAUGCAAUGAAUGUAAUAAGAUUGGUACUGGAAGACAUUUACGAUGUCAUCAAUGUAAUUAUGACAUGUGUUCAGAUUGCUACUUUUUAGAGCUAAUGAUAAACAUGAGUCUCUUAAGCAGUAAUAAUUAA